ACGGAGAUCAGAUUAAAGACUUCGUCGUGUCAAUGGCAUCCAGAGAUUUGUGUGAACAUGUUCAGGUAUGACAAAAUCCCUUUCCAUCUGCCUGUCGAGCGUAUAUACAGGCGCUAGACGGGAAAAGUCUGUCAAAAACACGAAACACAUAGAGGAUCAUCCUGAGGAAAUAUUUCCCGCCACUCCACGAUGCCUAAAAUGCUUUCCCCGAAGAGUCGGAUUUACGAGUUCAAGGACCUCAUUCGGAAAGAGAGACAACCCAAAACGAAAAAGCAGAAAAACAAUAUCAGAUGUGUUUCGAUUCAGAAAAAUACUGAAGACUCUCAUGAUCAACAAGACCAUGAGCCAAAGCUAGCGGAUCUGCUUGAAAAUAGAGACUACCUGGAUGCCUUUCGUUCAUUUCUCCAGUCUGAGUUUAGUGAGGAGAACAUUGAAUUUUGGCUUGCCUGCAGGGAAUAUAAGCGGAUGACUUCAUCUGGCAAGCUCUCUAACAAAGCAGCAGAUAUCUACAAAGAGUUUCUCCAUCCCAUGGCUCAAAAAGAGGUAAACAUCGACCAUCACACUCGUGAGAAGAUCAAGAGAUCCUUGGUGAAGCCUGACCUCACUUGUUUUGAUGAAGCAGAGAUGCACAUAUACAGACUUAUGGAGAAAGACUCCUGCCCAAGGUUCCUCAAAUCUGAGGCCUAUCAGAACCUGAGGAACGCAACCAGGAACCCAGUGUAAACCGCUAAUUCACUGGAAAAAAUGUUUCUUAAUGAGCCGGCGCGUAGAAAGCGGACAUAUGCACGUGGUUUAGAGGAAAUGACAGAGCAGAACAGAAAGUAUGUGGUGUGCAGCGGCUCAGCUUCAUUGCUUUGAGUGAUAAGAUGAAUGAGAAAAAGAAAACUGUCGCCGUUACAGGAAAUGAUCAAGAAUGAAUGUACAUUACAUGUUUUCCACUGUUAUUUGAGAGAUGGGCUGGUCCGUUCUGUGAAAUGGGUGCCUUUUAUAAAUGUUGGUCUUGAAAGUAGAUUUCUUUUAGCCUGUAUGAGACAAAUGUGUUUAAGUGUUGAGAAAUUGUAUUGAGGAAUCUCAAGAUAAACAUUGUUAGUUGACAUCAAACAGCAUUUUGCAAAAAAAAAAAAAACCCCAAAAAAAAAAAAAAAAAAAAAAAAUUGAAACACUACUGAGGACCAGUUACAGCAUUUAAACCAUGCAUUUAAAUUAAAAUAAAAAACUAUGAAAAUGGAA